GAGGUGGAACAUGCUAAGCAUUCUAUUAAUUAAAGUUAAUUAACUUUCCCAAGGGUAGCACCUAUUCUUAUUUCUAUUAUUAAAGAUUAGUCUUGUCUGCUUCUGAUCUUUGAAUAUAAGGAGUCUUGUAGAAUGUAUAUUUUAUGUCUUUCUUUCACUCAACAUUCUGACCAUAAAAUUCAUUCAAGUUGUCUUUUAAUCCACCAGAAAGGUAAGUAUGAUUCUCCCAAUUAAAAGGUGAGUUAAGGUGGAAUGUAGCUGGCAGGGCAGAGAGCUGAACAUUUACAUUUAUGCUCUUCAGGUAAACCUCACUUCCCAUGUCCUUUGGAGCUCUCCAAAGAGAAUUCUACCUCCUCACUUACUAAAUGCCUAUUUCAACAGCUUUUCUGUGCAAUUUACACCCAUAUCAGCCAAAUCUACUUAAAUCAGAAUUGCCUUCAUACAGCUUUUUUUCUUCAGGCCAUGAUAGAUGUGCAAUACUCUUCUCACUGCAUCCCCCAUGCAGUCCCUGGAUCCUACAGAUGUAGUGUCAUUCUCCAUUUUUUUUUUCUCCCUUACAUGACAGUCCCACCUCUUCUUUGUACACAGCAUACGCAGAACCACAUAAGACAUAGCCUAGGGCAACAGAACUGUUAAUCAAUUCAAUCCAAUUUAAUUCACUGAGAAGUAGCAUUCCUAGUAUUGCAUAUCUUCGUCUCGAUGUAUAAUUUCAAAGGAUUACUUUGUCAAGGGCAAAAAUUUGGAAGUCAGUAGAAAUUUUCCAUUCCUCCACUUCAUCAAUACAUCACUAGGUUCAUAUUUGUCAUUUUUGUUCCUUUCCAGGGACUGCGGACUUGUGUAGAGCCUAUUGGGACAUGAAAGUAGCCAAUCACCAAAAUUCAGAGAGAUACUUCCAUGCCCGGGGGAACUAUGAUGCUGCUCAAAGGGGACCUGGGGGCAUCUGGGCUGCUAAAAUGAUAAGCACUGCUGGCAAGUAUUUUCGGGGGCUCCUAAAUCAGUAUUAUUAUGGAGGCGGCCACCGUGGAUGGGAGAACAUUCAAGCCAACCAGAAGGCUGAAGAGUGGGGCCGAAGUGGCAAAGAUCCCAAACACUUCAGACCUUCUGACCUGCCUGAGAAGUUCUGAGCCUGCCGCUCCUGCUGCUGUCAGGAAACUAGGCUGGGGGCCGCACACCUCUCCUGAAUGCUGGGCUUCAUGUCCCAGGGACUGGUACAGGGCAUCCAGAGUUGUCCAAUAAAUGUUUUCAAAUUUAAUUUCUUGAUGGAAACUAGAAACUUUGAGAUAGACUUUUUGAGAAAAAUGGUCAUCUUGUGUCACAACGAAGGUAAACAGCCCCAUAAAGGAGGUGCCUGUGACUGUGGGGCUGCAAGGACCCCCAACUGGCCCGUGACAAUAAAGGUCCCUCACAUUAUCCCCA